UGGAAUCAUGGAGCAGUUGAUAAUAACAGUUGUUUCUCUGUGUUUGUUCCCAGUUAUUGGGUUGUUAUUUUUGGUCGUUAUUUUGGCUUCAUUUGGAAAGUCGCUUGGUAUAAGAAAACGAUAUGUUAACCUCCUUUUGAGAAUAUUUGAGUUUGGCAAGACUAAAAUUGCUCACUAUGAAUCGAAGCGAUUGACAGAGCCGUGUGAUUCAGAAGAGUGUGUUUCUACAAAAUUGGCCUUAAAUGGUGAAAUUGCCAGGUAUUCUAAAGGUAUAUGUCAACCCUGCACAGCUGAUCAUUCAUUGUUUACCUUUGUUUGACGGCCACAAGCCAAGAUGGGGUUUUUUAAUAAUGGUUCACCAGGUAUCCAAUUGGCAUACAUGUGAAAUGUUGUUUCCGGUCCUACAGUGCCAUGACAGCCAUAAAAACACUGGAUUUUGCCAAAUAUUGACAGGGUAUGACACAUUUUUUAAAAAGUCACUAGCCACAGGCCUAGUGGGUUUGUAGAUUCCACUAGCUCAACAAAAUAAAGCACUAGCCCAAGUUUCUGAUCAAUAUAUAAGGCUGAAAAACAAUGUUUCAAGGAAUCCAACCCCUAUAGUACCUAAAAAAACUGGCUGACCUGGUUUCUUCUCCAAUUUUAAUGUAAAUGAGUACUAGUAUAAUGACCUACCCUAUUUUGUCAAGUUUGAUCCUAA